UUUAUAUCAUCCAUUGUGUUUCUUGUUCCAUAAGUUUCUACACAAUUCUCUUUUGUCUACGGUAGAAAUGUCUCUUCUGGAUCAUGACGAUGACGAGCCAGCCGCCACAUGUAACCUAAAUAGAAAAGUCUUUGUUCUCUAUAUAUCAACUCUGUAGUAAGAAAAGUCUUUGCUUGGUUGCUGCCUGCUGGUUUACUCAAUCUCUCUCUCUCUUUCUCUUUCAUCUAUCCAAGAAUCAUGGCGAGAGAAGUGAGAGAGCAGAGGAUAAAGACCAACGGGGUUUGGUUAAACGUGGCCGAGAAAGGAGACAACGGAGGUCCUUUGGUUCUGCUGCUCCAUGGCUUCCCUGAGACAUGGUUCUCGUGGCGUCACCAGAUUGACUUCUUGUCGGGCCAUGGCUACCACGUAGUUGCCCCAGAUCUCAGGGGCUACGCUGACUCUGAUUCACCUCCGAGCCACGAGUCUUACACGGUGAGCCACCUUGUUGCUGACGUCAUCGGUUUGCUCGACCACUACGGCACUGCUCAGGCAUUUGUGGCAGGGCAUGACUGGGGAGCAACCAUAGGUUGGUCUCUGUGUUUGUUUAGACCAGACCUAGUCAAAGGUUUCAUUAGCCUCUCUGUUCCAUAUUUUCCAAGACAUCCGAAUCUCAAACCUUUGGAGUUUUUCAAAAGCUUUGGAGAUGGGUUAUACAUCUCCCAGUUCCAGAAACCCGGAAGAGCUGAGGCUGCAUUUGCAAAACAUGAUAUCUUGACGGUUAUCAAGAAGUUCUUACUCACAACAAGAACUGAUUACUUGGUGGCUCCUCCUGAUACAGAGAUCAUCGAUGAUCUUGAGAUACCAUCGACUAUUCCAGAUUGGAUAACCGAUGAUGAGCUUCAGGUUUAUGCAGACAAGUUUCAAAGAUCUGGAUUCACAGGCCCUUUAAACUACUACCGAGCCAUGGAUCUGAACUGGGAGAUAAUGGCACCGUGGCAAGACUCCAAAAUAGUUGUUCCGACAAUGUUUAUUUUCGGAGACAAAGAUAAUGGAAAUGAAGGAGAACAUGGAAAGAUGCAGUAUGUAAAAGGAGAGAUGUUCAAGAGUCUUGUACCAAAUCUUGAGAUUACUGUUAUUGAAGAUGGUCAUCAUUUUAUCCAACAGGAAAAGUCUAAACGAGUUUCAGAGGAGAUGCUCUCUUUCUUUAACAAGUUAGGGAACACAUCAGAGUAAAGUCAUGCUGUUUUAUGAAAUAAAGAAAUUAGAAGCCAAAUCGGAUCGGGAUCGGUGCAUAAAACUUGAAAUUUAGGUUAUAUCUGUAAACUUGAAAAUGAUUUUGUUCCUAAUGAAGUUAUAUGCCAAACUUUAAUUUGUUGAAAA